GCGAUCAUGGCGGACCGUAAGGCGGUCAUCAAGAAUGCGGACAUGGCCGAGGACAUGCAGCAGGACGCGAUCGACUGCGCCACCCAGGCGCUGGAGAAGUACAACAUCGAGAAGGACAUCGCGGCCUUCAUCAAGAAGGAGUUCGACAAGAAGUACAACCCGACGUGGCACGCGAUCGUCGGCCGCAACUUCGGUUCGUACGUGACGCACGAGACGAAGCACUUCAUCUACUUCUACCUCGGCCAGGUCGCGAUCCUGCUCUUCAAGUCCGGGUGA